GGCCGCGCUGGUUUCGGGAAGUACCUCUCACAGACAGAUCAGAAGUAGAAGUAUGCGAAGGGGAAUUACGCUCACAAGAAAAUGAAGACUAAAUUGAGCUCUUAUUUUCCGUAUUAGUGCUAGUUAUCAUGUCACACCGGCCAAAUCGCGCUGUUAAUGGUGAUGUGCAGUUUACGAUGUUAAGGAAAAAAACAUCCAAGAAGUGUUCGAGGUCAUGGGUUUUUCCCGGUGAGAGUGAGCCUCCUGUGGGUCCAGGGGUGCAUGUGUACCUGUUCUGGAGGCCUGAGGGGGAGCCCUACCUGUCCCACACAUCUGGAGAGAUCACAGCAGAGGAGCUGUGCAUCUCAGCUGCAAAAGCAGUAGGGAUAACUCCUUUGUGUUACAUGUUGUAUGCUCUCUAUGAACCACUUUCAUGUUGUUGGUACAGUCCAAACCAUGUGUUCACGUUGGAGGAAAAUACCCAUCUGGUCCUUUACUUUCGGAUGAGGUUUUACUUCCAUAACUGGCAUGGUCUUAAUGAGAAUGAGCCAAAAGUGUCCCGUUAUACCCCCAAGUCUGGGACAGGUCAAGGAUGUUCCCCUCUGCUUGAAAUUUCAUCGUUGGAGUACUUGUUCGCACAGGCUAAAUAUGAAUUUGUAAAUGAAGCAAUAGAAAUCGACGAUAUUCAUUCUGAAGAAGAGUUAAGUCGCUUCAAAAAUGAGAGCUUGGGAAUGGCUGUACUUCACCUUUCUCACUACGCAUUACAGAACAACAAAAAAUUACAAGAAGUUGCUGAAAAAAAUAGCUUCCAUCACUGCAUUCCAAGAUCUUUUGCCAGACAAAUUUCCAAGGACAACUUUCUGACAAAAUACCGCAUGAGGCGAAUAUUUACAGAGUUUGUCCAGGCUUUCCAACAGCACACUGUGGAUAAAGGAAAACUUGGAACGCAAGAAAUAAUGUAUAAAUAUGUCUCAACUCUGGAACACUUGGCUCCACGCUUCGGCACCGAAACAUACCGUGUGUCUCGCAUGGACCUAUACAAUGAUGGGCAGGGAUGUUCUUAUUCCAACUCAAAUCAGGAACAAAGUGCCUCAAAAAACAACUACAAAGCCCCUAUCACACAUGAAAUAAUGGUCUGUGGUUUAAAGGGCAUUCAGUGGAGAAAGGUGUCUACCCAAAUGGCUCAAUCCAACCCGUACAUUAGGGGUGAUUACAUGAGGAAGGCAAAACAGCACUCAACUGAAGCCAGUGGAAAUACUCCCAAUGCAUGGACGUCUUUCUGUGAUUUCCCUGAAAUCACUCAUAUCAUCCUCACAGAAGAUAAAGUGCGCAUUAGUACUGAGGACAACGGCUGCAUGGAGGCUCACAUGGGCUCCAGGCAGGAGGCUCAGUCCUUUGCAUCCCUGAUUGAUGGAUACUACCGACUCACUGCCGAUGCCCACCACUAUCUCUGCUGUGAUGUGGCACCCCCAAGGGUUGUGCUGAGUGCGAACAAUACACUGCAUGGACCUAUACAGGAUGAAUUUGUGCUAAUGAAGCUCAAAAAAGAGGCAGCUGAGGAGGGAGUGUUUCUUGUACGCUGGAGUGUUAUUGACUAUCAUCGCCUCAUUCUAGCUGUUCUGAGCAAAACUCAGAAAGGAUCUUUGCCAACCCACAAGCAGUUUCGAAUUGAGUACAAAGGAUCAAGGUUCUGUCUUGAGGGUUGGGACAAAGAAUUUUCCGGUAUGAAAGAGCUUACGGACAGCCUAAAAACAUUCAUUCUUCAGUCAGGAUCUGAAACAUUUACUGUAAAGAAAUGUCUCCUUCCCAAACCACGAGAGUUGUCCAAUCUUAUAGUUACAAGAAAAACAGAGGAAAAUGACCCUCAUCUCCCAAACUUACCAGAAGUACGGUUUAUUCAAAUAAAGGACAAAGAAAUUGUGAAGAAAAUACAUCUGGGUCAAGGAACCAGAACAUACAUCUACUCUGGAACUCUGGUGCCAACCAAACAAGCAAAUGCAAAGAAUGACUUUAAUGACUGCAGUGAAAUUAAAGUUGCUCUGAAGAUUCUUGACGAUGUACACAAAAACAUUGCACUUGAAUUUUUUGGGAUAGCAAGCCUUAUGAGACAAGUGUCCCACAGCCAUUUGGUCUUUGUACAUGGUGUAUCUGUCAAAGGAUCUGAAAACAUCCUGGUUGAAGAAUAUGUGGAAUUUGGGCCUCUGGAUGUCUUCCUUCGCAAAGAAAAGGCGCAAAUUUCUUCUCAGUGGAAAUUACUAGUUGCGCAACAACUUGCAAGUGCCCUUAGUUACCUUGAGACGAAGCAACUGAUUCAUGGGAAUGUUUGUGGUAAAAAUAUUCUUGUUGCACGAAGAGGGCUGGAGCCUGGGAUCGAUCCUUUUGUGAAGCUGAGUGAUCCUGGAAUCGCACUCAGUGUUCUUUCAAGAGAAGAGCGUGUGGAGCGCAUCCCAUGGAUCGCCCCUGAAUGUAUUGAAAGUGGGGCCUUUCUUGGCAAUGCUGCCGACCAGUGGAGCUUUGGAGUCACUCUUCUUGAAAUCUGCAAUAAUGGACAUCUCCCAAUGAGUUCCUGGACAUUGUCUGAGAAAGAGAGAUUUUACAAACAAAAAGACAGUUUACCUCAACCAUCCUCCGAGGAGCUGACCAAAUUCAUCAGUAUGUGUUUGACCUAUGAACCUUCAGAGAGGCCUUCCUUCAGAACUGUCCUUAGAGAGCUCACUAAAAUUGGAGAUUCUGAAAUUACUCUGCCUGACCCAAUGCCCCAAAUGGACCCAACCGUGUACUACAAGCGGUACCUGAAAGAGAUGAGAGAACUGGGAGCGGGCCACUUUGGAAAGGUUAUUCUGUACUUAUAUGACCCUUCCAAUGAUCGGACGGGAGAGUUAGUGGCAGUAAAGGCCUUGAAACAAGAUGGCGGCCAUGUACCAGAGGGCUGGAUGAAGGAGAUUGAAACCCUGAAAUCUCUCAGUCACACCAAUAUUGUCAAGUACAAGGGAUGCUGCGCUGAACUAGGAGGACAAAUGGUGCAACUAGUAAUGGAGUAUGUUCCUAUGGGGAGUUUAAACAAGUAUGCUCGUGAACGUAAGCUGAGUACGCCCCAGUGCCUUCUCUUUGCUCAGCAGAUCUGUCAAGGCAUGGCAUACUUACAUUCUGAGCGUUACAUUCACCGAGACCUUGCUGCCCGUAACGUGCUGGUGGAAAAUGACAAUUUGGUAAAGAUUGGAGACUUUGGUUUGUCAAAAUACAUCCCUGAGGGGGAGGCCUACUACCGUGUACGUGAAGACGGAGACAGCCCAGUGUACUGGUAUGCGAUUGAAUGCUUGAAAGAGAGCAAAUUUUCUUUUGAUUCUGACAUAUGGUCCUUUGGUGUUACGUUGUAUGAAAUCCUGACACGUUGUGACCCUCGUGAAAGUCCUCCCAGUAAAUUCAAUGAAAUGAAGGGGGCGGAGCAUCCCCAGCUGACUGUGAUGCUACUCAUUCAAAUGUUGGAGAGACAAAUCCGAUUGCCUUGUCCCAGAGACUGUCCACAUGAGGUGAAGAUCAUUAUGGAUCAGUGCUGGGCCACCAAUCGCAACCAUCGCCCAAAAUUUUGUUCACUUAUUAAGAGAUUUGAGGAUAUUCGUCAAAAAUACGACUGGCAAUCCAAUGGCAACUUUUCUCUUGCCCAGAUUUGCUGAUUUAUGUCAGUGUAUGGGCCUGUUUUUGGUAUAAGUGAAUACUAAGUUAACCCGCUAAUAUUUUAUUCAAAGACAAUUUUAGAUAUUACAUAUUACAAUGUUUGUAGAUAAAGGAUAAACUCGAAUUGAAAACCAGGUCAAAGACACUAUAAAUAUGCAAAUAUGCAAUACUUUUAUGUAGCCUACUAUCAAUAAUGUUUUGUGCUAAAUAUUUAAUAUGAUGCUGUUUACAUCUUUAUCCAUAGCUCUAUCAUAGUGUUCUUUUUUUUUGUUAUAUAAACUCAUGAAAUGUCA